AUGUUUAUUUUAUCAAAUUGUAAUGAAUUUGAUAUUAACAAAUCAAAUAAAUCACCUAUAAUAACCAGUGUUGAAUCUCAGUUAAUAACUGAAGACUCAACACCACAUUUAAAUGUAUAUGUUAAUGGUAUUUUUUCUCAAAAGAAAAUGAAUUUAACAGUUUUUUUAAAUGAUGAAGUUAUAGAAAAUAUAAAAUAUCAACAUGACAACAAUAAAAACAAUAGUUCCCCAGACUCAGUAUCAUUUAAAUUGUACAGAGAAGAUAUAGUGCCAGGAAAUAUUACAUUAGAGUAUAGUGACACUGAAUUCAAGAGUAAUAAAAUGCCAUUAGAGUUAGACUCCAUUACAUAUCGUACUCAAAAACCUGAUGUUACUGGCGGUGUUUUAACAAUUAUUGGCAAUUACUAUUAUGUAAACUACACAGCAGUCCCCAAGGUUCAAAUUGGUAAAAAAGAAUGUCAAGUAUUACAAUACGAUAAUGCACAAAUUAAAUGUCUUGUUGAUUCAUCAUUUGGCAGUGGUGAUAUAAUUGAAAUUGGAAAUGUUUACAAUUACCAAAACAAAACAUUAGAGUUCCAAUUUAAGGCUCCAACCAUCGACAGAGUAUUAAAUGUUGACCGUAUUCAAGAAUCAGUGAUAACAAUUAUUGGCAAAAACUUUAAUGAAAAGCAAUUAGAAGAGUUAAAGAUUUAUGUUAAAGAGGAUUCAUCAAAUACACAAAGAGAUUGUUCCAAAGCAAUUUUGAUUACCAACUCUGUUAUUAUUUGCAAUUUAAACAAAUCAUUAUCACACACUUCAAAAGGCGAUACCCUCUUUUUAAUGUUAAACAAUGCAAAGACACCAUCCGCUGAUUUCAAUUUAAUGACCAUUGAAAAUCAACAAGAUAAAACCCCCAACAAAGAAAGUAAUGACAUCAUUGACUCUAAUAAGUAUUUAUUACUUGCUAUUAUAAUUCCAACUUUAGUCGUAUUUAUAUUUACCAUUGUAUUAAUAAUUUUUAUUUUCAAAAAGAGAAAUCAAAGCUCAUAUUUCAAUUUAAUGAGUUGCAAUUCAAAUGAAUUACAAGAAACCAGCUAUUAUUAA